AUGGACUUAUUCAUCUGCUUUGGAGUACAUUUUUUUUGCUACGAUGAUGGUCUUGAUGGGCGCAAUAUUGCACGACAUCUCUCCGGUAUUCUCUCACCAGACACAGGUCGUGUUAACCUGGAACAAGUGCGGGUUGCUAACAUAUCAAUGGGGUCCAGAUUGCCUAUUGGGCAAGCCAAAAAGCAUCGCUCGCAACAGCUUCAUACGGGUUGUGUUCAUAUCUACCAUGGAGAAGCUAAAACGGAAUGCACAAUUCUUGAUCUUAUUAAUCUCUAUGUGUACUAUCUCAUGACCGGUGCUGUGUGUUCGUGUGUGUCGAGUGUGAGGACACAUACACUAUAUUCUGUUGAUGUCUUACGAAGAGCGCUAGGUAACUUCAUCAUUCAAACAUACGCAUUGUGGGGUCAAAAUAGACGGAUCUCGUACAUCUUGUCUGGCAUUUACUUGCUGAUAUGUGCUGAGGGAACUCUUGCGGGGGCAUUUGAUUGUCUCGCACUAUAUUGUGUCGCUAUGAGAAGUUAUUCACAGAAGCCUCUGAUAGCAGGCUCGUGCCGUCCUCUUGGUACUUAUGUUCACUUUACCUCUAAUGAUGUACACGACGCGAUCACAUGA